AACUGCGUCUCCUUGGAAACUCAAAAAACGAAAACGCAAAAAGCAAAAAGCAAAAAGCAAACACACAAAAUUAGGUCUUAUCAUUUUCAUAAAACACCACCACCACCACCCCGAUUAAAUUAAAUUAAACAAACGAAAAACAAUUCUUCAUUUUCUUAUUUUUCCCUUUCUCAAAAUCGCCAGAUCUGAACUUCAAAUUCACUUCGAGUUUUCUCUGAGAAGGAAAGAUCAUGAAACGACGUCGUUGAUUCUCCGCUCUUUUUGAUCAUCUAACCAGCCAACCAACCAACCAACCAACCAACCAACAACAGCUAUUGAAUUGUUAGGGUUUUGGUUGCAAUUUUUUCAUGGCGGACGCAGUGAUUCCCGCUAGUGUCCUUCGUAGUCUCGCCGAUAAGCUUUACGAGAAGCGCAAAAAUGCUGCCCUUGAGGUUGAGGGCGUAGUGAAGCAGUUGGCGUUGGCCGGCGAUCACGACAAGAUUUCGGCGGUCAUCAAUUUGUUGACCACUGAGUUCACCUACUCGCCUCAAGCCAACCACCGCAAGGGAGGAUUGAUAGGAUUAGCUGCUGUCACUGUUGGGUUGACUUCUGAAGCAGCUCAGCAUCUUGAGUAGUAGAUUUAAUGGAAACGAGCCUUAUUUGAUGGACUAAAGUAUCAACAAGUAGGAGGAGGGCCUCUUUCCCACUCUGCUUAUGUGUGUCUUCUGAUUGGAGACGUGUUAGUGGCCUAUAGAAUGGAGAGGGGCUGUAGUGUCUUUGGAUUUGAGACGCAGUGUAUUGUGUGUCUUUUGAGUGGAUAAGGUGUGUAAUAUGCGUUGUGGAAGUGAAGGGUUGUAGUGUGCAUCUUUGGGGUGGAGGACUGUAACGUGCUUCUUUGGUGUGCAAAAGGGAAGGGGGGUGGGGUUUGUUUCUUCAGAGUGCAGAAGGGGAAGGGGUGUGGACUAGAUUUAAUUAAACCUUUAUCUUUGCUGUAAUGUAUGUCUAUGAUUCUCUUGUAUACUUGAAAUUAUUACUGAAUACUUUUAUUUUGUUAGCUGAUUUUGCUCUUUUUGCCUGUUGUUUACACCUGUAUUCACGAUUUCUCCUACAUUAAUCUUCUAGAAUAUUUUUUUGUCAUUUUUUCUUGUGUUGGUUCUUCUGCUUUCUUUGCUGGUAUUCUUAUGCCUUAUUUUUCAUUCUGA